CCCCCCGAGCAUCUCACAACAUCCAUCGACUACAUGGAUGGCUCGACAUCCGUCAGAACAGACCACAGCAAGCACUGUUGGAAACCCCCCCAAAUCAAAAUGGACUGCGUUAAAUUUGACCUCUCAGAUAUAUAUUAUGCACAGUUAAUAUCCUUAUAAUUUCAGUCGCAGGUACCAUUAUUUCGAGGUGUCCUGGUCUUAUUAAGCUGCUAGUUGUUUUUGAUGGUUCUAUAAAUAGAAAAGGUCGCUCGCCAGUAGCAUUAUUUCAUUUGUUAUAAUUUUAUCCUCCGGCAUAGUUCCAGCGAUGGCAGACGCGGAGCUGCAAACCUUUACAUCCAUCAUGGACGCUCUCGUGCGCAUCAGCUCCAAUAUGAAGAGCAUAGAGCGAGAGCUGCACUGUCCAGUGUGUGAGGAGAUGGUGAAGCAGCCGAUAGUGUUGCCUUGUAUGCACAGCGUGUGUGUGCUGUGUGCGGCAGAAGUCUUGGUUCAGAGAGGAUACCCUCCACCCGAACUCCCCCCAGAGCCCAACACUCCCACCUCAAGCCCCAUCACACGCUCUCCCCGACAGACACGCCGGCCCCCACCCAAAACAGACCGGCUAGACCGGGUGAUCAGAACAGUGUGUGGGACACAUCCAGGACGCAGGCGUAAAGACACCCCACCUGUGAUCAUGCUGUUCCCCUGUCCUACUUGCAGAAAAGAUGUGGAGCUGGGAGAGAGAGGGCUUGCAGACUGUCUGAGAAACCUCACGCUGGAGCGCAUAGUAGAGAGGUUCAGACACGCAGUGAGUCUCGGCAGCAUGGCAGUCAUGUGUCAGUUCUGCAAGCCUCCUCAGGCUCUGGAGGCCACCAAAGGCUGCGCUGACUGCAGGUCCAACUUCUGUAACGAGUGCUUCAAGCUGUACCACCCCUGGGGCACACCGCGAGCCCAACACGAACACAUCCUGCCCACACACAACUUCAGACCCAAGGUAUUAGUGUGUGUGGAGCACGAGCAGGAGAGGUUGCAGUUUUACUGCAGGUCAUGUCAGCGUUUGUUAUGCUCACUUUGUAAACUCCGUCGAGCCCACAGUGGACACAAAAUCAUGCCUAUUGCGCUGGCUUAUCAAACUCUAAAGGAGAAGAUCACCAAGGAGAUGAACUACAUCUUGGCCAAUCAGGAGUCUGUUCAGGCACAGAUCACCCAAGUAGAGAGCGGCAUCGCUCAGACUGAGGUGAACAGCGCAGUGGCUAAGGAGCAGCUGAAUCAGUGUGUGAAUGAAUUGCGCGGUGUCCUGGCAGAGCGUCAGGGGGCCUUGGCCAUGUUUCUGGAGGGGGCUCGUGCGCAGCGAGCAGGAACUCUGAAUGCACAGCUCUCCGAAAAACAGAGUCUUUUGGAAAACGCAGGGCUGCUCACAUACACUCAAGAGCUGCUUAAGGAAACUGACCAGUCGUGCUUCGUGCAGGCCGCCAGAGUCACGCACAGCAGACUGGUAAAAGCAAUAGAAAAUCUACAGCAUUUCUCUCUAUCUGCUGAUUCCUCGUUCCGACACUUUCAGAUGGACGUCUCCAGAGAACUCAAAACGCUCAGCAGCAUGGACUUUAUACAAGCCCCAUUGGCUCCUGUGAUUGAUACUCAAAAGACCUUGGCCUAUGACCAGCUGUAUUUGUGCUGGCGCCUCCCACAGGACUCCGCCCCCGCCUGGCACUACUCAGUGGAGUAUCAGAGGAAAGUGGGCGGAGCUGGAGCAUUGUGGGGCAGAGUCUUGUCUGAAGGAAGCUCAGGAAGUAAUGGCACACACUGUUCAUGGCAGCGUCUGGAUGAUGUGGGCGGGACCAGUGCAGUGAUUGACAAGCUAGAGAUGGACAGUGUGUACGUCCUGAGGGUUCGAGGCUGUAAUAAAGCAGGGUUUGGAGAGUACAGUGAGGAGGUGUAUCUACACACACCUCCUGCACCGGUGUUGUCGUUCUGCCUGGAUUCCCGCUGGGGCCUACAUGCGGAGCGGGUGGCACUGGGAAAAGGGCAGACAUAUGCCCGCAGUGUUCCUGGAAUGACUCUGUUGCAGGCUGCAGAUCGGGCCCUCACCUCAUGUCACCUCACCUCUGACCUCCUUGUGGCCGAUGUGUCCAUCACACAGGGACGACACUACUGGGCAUGCUCAGUGGAGCCUGGAUCCUAUCUGGUUAAGGUGGGAGUGGGUAUUGAAGCAAAACUUCAGGAGUGGUUCCAUCUUCCACAAGACAUGGCAAGUCCACGGUACGAUCCAGACAGUGGUCAUGACAGUGGCGCAGAGGACGCCCAGGACAGUGCUCCUCCAUUCUGUUUCCUCACAAUGGGCAUGGGCAAGAUCUUACUACCCAAGUGUGGGGCGUCUAACACUUCUAGUGGCCCGCUCACUGCCCCCUUACCACCUCGCCUUGGACUGUGUCUGGACUUCGAGAAAGGGCGGCUGACUUUUUAUGAUGCGCACUCUUUGCGAGUGCUGUGGGAGGGGUCUGUUGAUUGCUCCGCCCCUGUUUGCCCAGCGUUCUGUUUCAUUGGGGGAGGUGCUCUGCAGCUGCAAGAGCUUAUAGCCAAUCACAGUACAGAACAGAACCCACCAAGAAGAGUGACCAUCCAAACACGUGCCACAGACACGGGUCACUAAACCGUCUGAUCGCUUUGAAACAAGUCAAAUCAGCACCUUUAAGCAAAUCUUCUUUUAUCGUUUUCUAUCAACUUUGUUUACCUGCUUAUUUCGUAGCUAAUGAUGCAAUGACUAAUGAUAUUUUAUAUUAAGAUUCAUUUAGUUUCUAAGGAUAGACAUUGAAAAGUGGUCAUGGAUGCUAACGACCUUUAGCAUGCUAACAACAUGUAGGUCAAUUUUAAAUAACAAGGAAUCGAUCGUUUUUAUGGCCACAAAAUCAAAAAAUUAAAUCAGGUAUGGUUCAGGUUCACUCAUGACACAAAGCAAAUGGUUCCUUGCUAUUUACAAACUCAUUCUCCAGCAUUGUUAGCAUGCAAACCGCAUAAAUAGGGUGUGCUAAUAGUUAGUAAACAUCUUGAUUUGUUCAUUAACAAUGUAUGUGCUCUACAGAAAUGGAACAAUGCCUUGAAAUGUGAUCACACUGCAAUUCAAAUCCAUUUGAGACAGUUUAUGGCUGUCCUGUUUAUCAGUUUCAUGUUUCUAAGUAUUUCCCAAUGUCUUUGAAUUGUCUUGCUACUUUGAGGCUCAACCAAGAUGCGAAGCCUUUGGUUGGACAUGUUGUAUUGGUGUCAGUACACGUCCUGUGCAUAGAGACCUUGUCUGUUUGGUUUGUUUGGGCCAAAACAGGGCUGAUGGAUGCCUUCAGUAAGCGAAACUAAAAGAACAACCGUGUAAUGAAAAGAACCUGCUUUUGUGAGAUCUCUACAGGUGCCUGCUCUAGUGUUACACAACCGACUCUCCCAUUUGAAUGUCCUAAAUAAUAAUCUCCAAAACACAACAAGACACACCCCAUACUUUUUUUUUUUCAUAAUCAUGACUGCUAUGGUUAUGUCUUUUUCAUUUGCAGAAUGGGUAUGAUGACAACAAUUUAGCGGGCAAAGUUUAAUUUCAGAAAUGGAUGCUGCUUAUGACCGUGCAACUGUCAGUCAUUAGAGUGUGUUGUUAAUGGGGAAUUUCUGAAUUGUAUACAGAAUGUCAGUUGUAUUUAUUGUGUGUGUGUGUGUGUGAGUGAGUGUGCGAUAUGUUAUUGCAAUAAAGACAGUUGCUGAAAGCUCUGGUUUUGGCCAUGUUUUCUGCUAUUUGGACGCAUUGUUGCAGAUUCAGGUCUCAUUGUGUGAAUUUAUAUUGAUGUUGAGGAUAUUAUGUAGCAUUUCUUAAACAUGCUGGUCCUUUGAAAAUUGGAAAAAUGUUUGUAAAAGUCACAAAUGGCAGAAGUGAAAUAAAGCA